ACAGAUAAAUUCAGGUUUAUCCAGAGAGCCAUGGCAGAAGGUGGAUUUGAUCCUUGUGAAUGCAUUUGCUCGCAUGAACAUGCAAUGAGAAGACUAAUUAAUCUGCUGAGACAAUCCCAGUCGUACUGCACAGACACAGAAUGCCUUCAGGAAUUGCCAGGACCAAACUCCUCCAGUGACAAUGGCAUCAGCUUUGCCAUGAUAAUGAUGGCCUGGGUGGUGAUUGCUCUUGUCCUGUUCUUACUGAGACCUAGUAAUCUGAGAGGUUCAAACACAGCCGGAAAGCCAACCAGCCCACACAAUGGACAAGAACCACCAGCCCCACCAGUGGACUAGAGCAUUCAGAAUUGGAAAAGUUCAGCAGCUAAAACCUUGCACGACCAAAUGAACGAAGUGACCAGAUUACUCCUAAACCCCACUCAAUAUGAUUUUCUUUUCUCAUUUAUAUAAAGCAGAGUUAUCAUUCACCCAUAAUCUUCAUGAACUGCUUUUAGCAACUUCAAUUUUAAGUUAAUUUUUGCUUUGUAUGAUACUGUAAUUCCUAUAAGAUUGUAAUUUGAAUAAUGGUAAGGCAUUGCAGGGGUUUUUUGGUUGUUGCUCUUACUGUGGACAUUCCGCUCAGUCUCUUUCUGUUACAGUGAUCCUAAUUUCUUUGCUGUGAUUUCUGAUAUGCAUUGAAAGAAAAAGAAAAUCCCAGUCCAUCUAGAAGAAUGGAAGGUUACUGACCUUUCUUCAG